CCGCAAUUUCCUCCGCUGCUUGCGGGUUGACUCCCUGUUUUCUUCUGUGUUUUUCUCUGUUUUCCUUUCUCUGUUUUCGUGUCUGUUUUUUUUUCCCCCUCUGUUUUUCAAUUCCCUCUUCCUCGCUCUCUCUCUCUCUCUCUCUCUCUCUCUCUCGCUCGCUCGCUCGCUCGCUCCCUCCUGACUUUUCUCAGCAGCGUUUCCAACUCUUCUUGUCUCGUGUUAAUACUGCAACAGCUGGUGAAGCGGGGAGGUUUCUUGCCUGCCCACACACUUACCACCCAUUUCGUUCUGUUCUGUUGUUCUAUUCUGUUCUGUUGUUCUAUUCUGUUCUGUCUUCGUUCUCCUCUCUCUCCCUCGUCCUCUGUGUCUCGCAUCGCUUAUUCGACCACGGGAGCACAUAAGAGCUUGCCGACCAUUUUCGUUCUCGCCAUAUUCCCUCUUCUAUCCGUUCAGCACUAAGGUAGUCUUCCUCUCCUCUAUUCCCCCUACUCUCUCUCUCUCUCUCUCCCACGCCCUUUCUCUCCUUCUCGGUGCCCGGCUUAACGCGAACACAGGUUUCCAGAAUCCAUAGGAAGGAGAAUCCCUUGGAAGGGACUCCUGUCACCAGCUGGGGUCGGUUUUCGCUGGUUGUUGAAGCUGAGAGCUUCAUGUAAAAUCUGUUAAGGUCCCUUCUUCUAACCAGUUUGGCUGAGGAGAGUGAGGAGCCGAGGCGCCGUUCUUUCCAAUCUUGGCGUUGUUAUGAACGAUGCUUGACGAGGAGAGUGAGAAGAGAGAGAGAGCGAGAGGAGGGAGGUGACAGGCACAGGUACGCACAUACUGGCAGCUGAGAAGGGAACUGGCACUUAACUCUAUAGGGGUGAAUGCGUUGGCGCCAAUCAUCAUGCAGGGAUAAGGUUUCUAAACGUGCGGGCGCAGCCGUGACAGAAGUGGCACAGCUCGGCGCGCAGUGUCUUUCUGAUCUGUGGAUUCGACGGCUGAAGAGGGAGGAGCUGGGGGCUCUCCGGACGCAUGAGCCCGGCGCGUGGUGUAUCUCGUUCGACUUCCAACUUUCCUGGUUUCCCGUGUUCUGAGGAAGAUGUCCAUGCCUGUCAUUGGUCGUUUUUGAUUGAUUCUUUGUAGCGGGAGCGUGUCCUGAAAUAGAGAGAGAGAGAGAGAGAGAGAGAGAGAGAGAGAGAGAGAGAGAGAGAGAGGCGGAUGAAUUCGGUGCUGAGGAGAGGAGGGAGAAAAGGGAGUAGAGGAGGAGGAGGAGGAGGAGGAAGGAGAGAGUUGUAGAUGGAGUGAAGGAUCCUAAUAACGUGGGGCGAAGCAGGGAGAACAGGGAGAGGAGGGAGGGAGCCAGUAGAUGGUCGACGAUAGGAAGAAGGUAAAGUAAAGUGACAAGGCGUUUUGUGUGCCACGGAGGCGGAUUCUCUGUUAUUCUAUUUAUUAAUUAUUUAUUGUUAAUUAAUAAAUAUACUUGCGUUUUUCCUACUAAAAAAGGUUAUAUUCUCCGUUUUCAUCAUCGAAAGUGAUAUAAGGUCCCCACCAAGAUGGGUGCGGAAGCUCCUCCCCCCGAACAGAUUGCCGGCAAUAUUAAGCCAUUGAAAAAUGGCGUAGUGUCUUUGGUCAAUCGACAUUCUACAGCGAUUACUAUCCCUCCUGCUGGUGCUCCGCUCACUCCCUCUCCUCAUCAUCAACAUCAUCCACAUCAUCAACCUGUUAUGAGACCUGCUCCUUUCAAGAAUGCUCCUCCUCCUUCUUUCAUGGACGAAGAUCGAUCUUUCCGCUCCCGACAUCCCUAUUUGCUUUGCUUUUUGGUCGUUCUUGUUAUCCUCUUGGUUGUGUUAGGCAUCCUGGUUCUCAUCUUUUACUUCCUCUACAGGCCUCAACAGAUAGUGUUUAAGGUGGCCAAGGCGACUUUGACGAAGGUGCUUGUGGAACCGGGGGCCACGCCCCAGACAUUGGGAAUGUCAGGGCUGGUCGUCGUCACGGCCAGCAUCCGUAAUCCGAACAGAUUCGAUUUCACGUACAACAAUGUGACAGGCAAUUUGACAUUCAGCGAGGACCAGCAGUUAGCACUAGGGAGCGUACUUGAAGGGCGUGUGCGCAAGCAGUCGACCAAGCUAUUGGACGUCAAUCUGGAGUUAAAUACAAGGGGUGGUGGUCCCAAGGCCGCCGAACUAUCUCGAGCCAUAGGGGUAGAUGGGGUAGUCAACUCCAAUUUCCGGACGACUGUCACUGGAACUGUCAAGUUUUUCGUCCUGAAAAGAAACUAUCGGGCAACCAUUUCGUGCAACAUGACCAUUACUGUAACUCCUUCUCCAGGUCUGAACUGGGAAUGUAGUGAAAUAAAAAUAUGAAGUGUUCAUCUCCUGAGCCUUCUGGAGCUCGUACGGGUGCGCAACGUGCCACUGGCAAAGCAAGCUGGCGAUCACAAUGUGAAGACGACUUGGUAGAGAUGAGGACGCUGAUGUCUGACGGUGUCUAGGACAUCCCAGAUGCAUAUGGAAGAGAGCAGACAGUGAGGACUGCGCCAAUAGCUAUUGCGCUAUAGAGAUGAGGACGCUGAUGUCUGACGGUGUCUAGGACAUCCCAGAUGCGUAUGGAAGAGAGCAGACAGUGAGGAAUGCGCCGAUAGCUAUUGCGCUAUGGAGAUGAGGACGCUGAUGUCUGACGGGGUCUAGGACAUCCCAGAUGCGUAUGGAAGACAGCAGACAGUGAGGAAUGCUCCGAUAGCUAUUGCGCUAUAGAGACGAGGACGUGGAUGUCUGACGGUGUCUAGGACAUCCCAGAUGCGUAUGGAAGAGAGCAGACAGUGAGGAAUGCACCAAUAGCUUGCACUAUGGUUCGGCUGCAGCCCAUAAGGCAACCCUGUUGCCUCCUUUCCCAUCACAGGGUUGUGGUAGUCGAUCGUGUUCCACCAUUCGCGAAUGGAGCCAAUCCAUGUGUGUGUCUGCUAUGUUUGCCACACCCCAUUGCUGUUCCCGUCCCCUUUUGUAGUGUUGGUUGCUCAGGUUGCGGGCGGCUUGCUGCAUUUACCGAGAUCGAGGUGGUGCUAGUCUACACAGAAGAGAGGCUGGGAGCUUACUGUCUCAGGUAAGGGGUUGAUAGGGUGCAGGGAAGGGAAGGGAAUAAGGGGGAGGAGUCGUAAGAGGUUGUGCACACAAACACAUACACACACACACACAGACAGGCAGACAUACACACGCACACACAGAGAGAGAGAGAGAGAGAGAGAGAGAGAGAGAGAGAGGUUGUGGAACGUCGAUGUUAGUUGCAUGCAGUCAGUUGCCUUGAUGGAUCGCGAUAAGCGCAUUUGGUAGUUCUCUUGCGGGAAUUCGGAAGGCUGGGUGGCUGUGUGCCAGCAUGGCAAGUAUACUUGAUGAGCAUGUCUUGUGCUCAUGGAAGAAUUUCGAUUAAUAUACAUUAAAUUGGAUGAUAGGCUUGCUGGUAUUUGAGAAUAUGAGCCAGAAUGG